AUGCAGAAGAUCAAGAGAAAGAAACUGCAACAAGAAGAAGACAAGAUUUUCAUAGAGGAGAUAGAAAAAUCGAUAAUGAAAGAAGAUCGAAGGAGAUUUCAUGAACUUGAAACGGAAAAAUCCAACGAAAUGUAUUUCGACUCCGUUGAUCUCUUAUCGUCCGAUUUGUCGCCGGAGUUGACUAUGGAGAUGGUUGGUACUGAGUUCUGGAACAAUUCGAAGUUGUAUUCUAUUAGCAAAUCCAAAGACUUUAUUCCAAUGAGUAUCUUCUCUGAAGCAAAUCAAGGUAAAGUCGCUGUGGAAGGAACGGUAACAAAUAAACUCGAUAUGAUACCGCAUUGUGGCAUUGAAGAAUACGGAAAGCUUUGUCGUUUGAGCAACAGGAAAGAUAGGCAGAUACAGGUUCUUGAGAAUUGCCGUGGAGAGUACUUGACACCGAAGCCUGUAAUGGUAGAAAAGAGGAAGAAGCUUAAGCACUGUGUAAAGAGGACUAGAGGCGAUCGUAGUGAGGUGGAAGCAAAAAUGUUCCAACUAUUUGAAAGACAACCGAAAUGGACACUGAAACAGCUUUUACGAGAAACAAACCAACCGAUGCAAUUCUUGAGAGAAAUACUCAAAGAGCUUUGUGUGUACAAUGCAAGGAGCCGUACUCACGAGCUUAAACCAGAAUACAAGUAUCCUGGUGAAGAAGGCACAGCAUUUGCUCAGUAA